UGUAAUCAUGCGUUUACCUAUUCAAUUUCUAUUUCAUAUUUUCGCACUGAUUGUGAUACGUACUAAAUAACAUCCUACAUUUUCGUUCGACCAAUUACAAGUAACAGUCAGUUGGAAUUUUGCACAUUUCAUUGCAAAUAAUGUUUGUGUUGAACGCGGUUUUCGUGAUAAUCUAACGCGUGUAUAUAUCAAUGUAUUUUCUUCGCUCAUGCAGCUGUUCAAUAUUAGUGCUAUAUUUUCUUAAACCGGGGAGCUGAGGUUGCACGUUCGUAUUUGUGAUAUUCAUAAAUCAUAAAGGGGACGCCCCUCGGUGCUUUGUCAAGAAGGUUAUGGAGGGAGAACACAAAACAGCGACACCAGACGAAGUUGAGGUGACAACGAACGGCGUGGAUACCGGAAAAGUGAUCACCGCCCAACCUAUUCCUGAAGACCCAUCGGAGCAUGAACCGGAAGUAGAAAAGAAACGAAGCAACAUGGUUGGACGAGGGGAGUACGUGCAUACCACAAAGGUCACAUCGACGAGCACACAUAGGUGGGAUGACCGCUGUGCGAGUUGUAACUGUGGUACCGGUGGCGAUGCACAAUGUUGUGAGAUUCUGUUCGCAUGUUUGCUCUGCCACUGUAUCUUCGGAGGAGGGCAAGGCGAUGGUUGCGGCGACUGUCUGUCGGCAUGUGAGUGUCAUGAUUGUGGUGGAGACUGUGGGAACUGCGAUUGUGAUUUUAACUAACUUCGGCCCGGCUGCUAAGAGACUACGAAAGACUGUAGAAAUGGGCCAAAUGGAACAGUGGGCGGGUGGGGUAGCUGCAGUUUUGAGAUAGAGACAUACAAACAGACGGCAGAGAGAAGACGGGAAGAGAGCCUGGUAUAUAAAGAAAGACAGAGAGACAGUGACACACAGACAGACCGGAAGAGGGAGAAAGGGGAGAUGGAGAAAAAUAAAGCGGGGGAGAAGGGAGCUGAAAACAACAACAUUUGUAAUAUUGUAUUUUUUUUUAAUGAAAAAGAUUUGACUCUGUUGUAAAUAAAAGGCAGUCAUUUCGGGCAGCGAGUAAAUAAUUCUUUACAUGGUGUAUAUAUGUUACAAAUUAAAAUCAAUCUGAUAUCUCUAUUUUUUAAUUUGUUUAUCUUAUCUAUAUGAAAGAACAAAAUUUAGUUUUCCCUAACGUUCGUUGUGUUGAUUUAAUGAUACAAAUUUAUGGUAGUUUUAUCUGUUAUCUAUUCAGUUUCAUCUAUUAUAGGGUUCCACUCUAUUGAGCAUGGAAAGCCCGGCAAAUAGUUUUCUUCAUAAAUAAUUUACAUGACCAGACCAUCUUCAAUUUUCAUCAAUGAGAAUAAUAGGGUGUUUUAAUACAACCCUUGCAUUGUUCGAUCCAUGUAUUUUCAUAAUCAUUUUAAAGAACACUUUCAAUCUUGGUUUACUUCCAAUAAUCAUGAACUUUAUCGUUGUUGAGAACAACGAUUCCUGCGAUCCCUGCGCCUAUUUCCUAAUAGUUGCCCUUGUUUCUGGAGUUAUAUGCAGACGUUGAAAUGUAUAAUUCGUUUCAAGUAGAAAUAUAAUUAGACAGCGCCAUGGGAAUGAGAUGACAAACUAGUUAUAUCAACAUUUAGAGACAGCUUACAUUUCAUCCAUCUACCUAUAUCAUUAACAUCACUCUGAAUUUGUGCCUGUACAUCGGAAAUAGUGGGUCAACUGACAAAAUACGCCGUAUCAUCAGCGUACAUUUCUAUUCGUCCAUGUUUCAAAACAUGUAACAUAUCAUAAAUGUGUAAAUAAAAAGAAACAACGGACCCAAAAUGCACCCUUGCGGAACUCCAAUAGAAAUAUAUAUUUCGUAUUUUUAUAUGCUACGUUUGUCAUAUAAUCCUCUAAAAACCAAAGCUAGUUUGAAAUGAGAAAGUGUGACAUAGCAACAUUUUGGGAGAGGGGGAAAAAACACAACACAGUAUUACAAAGAGAGAAUUAUGUUGAAGGAAGUCUCUUCCUUAAGACUAGUUGUAAAUAAGUCAUACAAACAAAAUGUAAAAAGAAGAAAAGAAAAUCAAUAUAAAUGAAUAAUUUGGAGUCUUAUAUACAUUACGUACUAAUAACAGGCACCAUCAUUUCCACUUAAGUACUAACAUUUUGCUUCUUUUUGAAAUAGAGUUAAAUUUUCAAGGUACUAAUUAUAAGUUUAGCACGGUGGUGAAAAAUUAUUUUGCUUAUAUUUUCAUUAGAAUGUUCAACGCUAAAAGAAGAAAUCAGUCCUAAUUUCCAAUAGCUAUUCAAUGUUCAGUGAACUAAUUUAAGCAUUCUAAUCUUCUUGCUGCCCUCUUCCUGUUUUCUCUCUCUCUCUCACUCUCUCACUCACUCUCUCUUUCUCUCUUUCUCUCUCUCUUUCUCUUUCUCUCUCUCUCUCCCCUCUCUUCCUCUCUCUCUCUCAUGCUCCCUUUCUCCUCUAUUUCUUUCCUUUUUUUUAUCCUCCCUUUUUUAUAGGACUGUUAUUAGAGGGCCCAUGACAUCGAAAUACAAGUGUAUUCCUGUUUGUGUACAGUCCUGCAUACCUCUCGUAUUUUGAUAUGUAAACUUCCGAAUUUGUUUCAUAGAUUU